AUGCAAACGGACGAAAACCACCAGAGCGCAGUUGAAAGAAAAAGACUCCGACUUCGAAGUCACCAGUGCGAAGUGUGCGAAAAGGUUCUGGGCAGUAAGAGGGCCAUGAAGAGACACCUCCACACGCACAGCGGUAAAAAACCGUAUUCGUGCUCGGCGUGCGGCAAGAAGUUUCUCCGGAGGGAAAACAUGGAGCGCCACGAACGCAUGCACACCGGGGUGAGGCCCUUCACUUGCGACGUCUGCGGCAAAGGGUUCACUCGCAACGGUCUUCUUAUAAACCACGUGCGGCGACACACGGGAGAGAGGCCGUACACUUGCAGCUUGUGCCCAGCGGCGUACGUCAGCAAGUACGGACUGACGGUGCACGUGGCGAGUCACAAGCGCAAGGUGCCGUACGAGUGUCUCCUGUGCGGCAUGAAAUUCGCCGCGAAAGAGAAGUUUCGGGGACACGUGCGCAACCACUCGCUCGAGAGGCCGUACGCCUGCCACCUGUGUCCCGCCAAUUUCAUCCAGAAGCAUCACCUGCGAAGUCACAUGAUCACGCACUCCGCCGAAAAGCCGCACCAGUGCAACGUGUGUCAGAAAGCGUUCGCGCGGCGCCCUUCACUCGUGAAGCACGUGCGCGUUAUUCACGGCGCUGAGAAACCUUGA